UCCUUCUGCUUUUAUCUGAGGGAGUGUUUAUCUCUUUUCUUGUGUAGAAAGUAAUAAUUUCUAGUUUUUGGAAACUAACGUGAAGAAGUGAAUAUCUUGAUAAAGUUGAGACGUCACUGAAAAGAUAGAUAUAAAUGUAGUUGGAAGAAAAGUUGAAAGAGUGGGGAAAGACAAGAUCUUUAGGUGAGUGUGUGAGGGAAAGAAAAGAAAGAUGUCAGGGCCUGAGUGCUGUUCAAACCCACCAAUCCUUAGCCCAACUGCAGGAAAUGGAACUGUGGAGAAAGUGGGUGGUCUUCACUGCUAUCUCACUGCCUCUCCUCACUCUAAUCUCGCCGUUCUUAUGCUCUCCGAUGUUUUCGGAUAUGAAGCGCCACUUUUAAGGAAACUUGCUGACAAAGUUGCAGCUGCUGGGUAUUAUGUGGUUGUUCCUGACCUCUUGGAGGGUGACCCCUUUAAGCCUGAUGAUUCUCUCUAUACCUUACCUGUUUGGUUAAAAGAUCAUGGACCCGAGAAAGGUGCUGAUGGUUCAAAACCCGUAAUUGAAGCCUUAAAAAGUAAAGGGUUUUCAGCAAUCGCUGGUGUUGGUUUUUGUUGGGGUGCUAAGGUCGUGGUUGAACUUGCCAAAUCCAGACUGAUCCAAACAGCAGUGCUGUUGCAUCCAUCAUUUGUCUCUGUGGAUGACUUCAAGGCUGUUGAUACUCCAAUUGCUAUACUUGGAGCCGAGAGUGACAAAUAUUCUCCUCCAGAGCUUGUGAAAGAAUUUGAAGAAAUCCUAGCUGCUAAACCUGGGGUUUGGAGUUUUGUUAAAAUACAUCCAGGAGUAGAACACGGUUGGGCUGUGAGAUACAACACAGAAGAUGCAGAAGCUGUGAAAGCCGCAGAGGAGGCCCACAAGGACUUGCUGGAUUGGCUUGCUAAACAUCUUAAUUUGGUGAUGACGAGGGAGAAGUGGAGGAGGAGGAAUAGGAAGAGGAUGGGAAUGGAGAGAGGUGUGCUGUGGGAAGUGGACCACCACAAGCCACCACCGCAACCUAGCACCACCACUGAUCAUCUUCACCGCCAUCAAACUCUAUUUCGCCUCACCACCAUCACCACAUACCUGCAAUCAGAAAAAUCCCAAUCGCGAAGCCACUGCGAAGCUGUCACACUCAUCUUCUUCACCAAAAACCUCCAUAGCUUCGUGUAACCAGGACACCACAGACCCACCCCCUUCUCCAUCAUUCUCGCGCAAUAACCUCCAUUGCGAAACCUUCACCAACCUAAAUCGCGCUGUUGUUCAAGCCAAACGCACCACCCCCAAUCUUCUGCGCGAACCAGAUGCAUCAUCAAAGUCGCGCACCUCGCAUCUACAAGAAGAGAAACCAAACAAUGCAGAUCCAAAAUCACACAACCAUCAAAAACGCGAAUCAUCUCCAUAGCAGGGUAAGCAAGUCGCGCCCUCAUGACAACCCAGGAGAAACCCUUUCUCCCUUUUAACUUUGAUCCAGGGAUUAAGGGUUUGUUUUUGCUAUUUUGUUAUUUAUUGUUGUGAGAUCUGGUGAUGGGUUUUAAUGUUGAGAAAUUUCAUUGAGUAUGACGAAGCUAUGAUCUCCACGGCGAUGGAGUUGUUCUUUCAGGUUCUAAUUCCCUGACAUAGAUAAAAGACUCAAGUAGCAAAGUGUAAGAACAGUAAUUAGAUGGUGAGAAAGGAGAUGAUUGGACUUGACCAUGGCGUGAAGUAAAAAGGGUAGUGUUGAGGGGCUUUGGGUGUUGACGAUGGAAGUGGUUGAGUCAAAAGUAAUGUGUAGUUUAUGGAGGGUUUGCAUUUUGAUUUAGCAGGGAUUGCAAUAUGGGCAUGGGUAUUGGAAUUGAAAAAUUGUGAUGAAUUAGUUGAAUUAAUGGUUGGAGUUGAAUGUUUCA